AUGGAAGCAGCCAAGGAAGCAACCUCAAAAGCCGCGCAAACCGGGAAAGAGCUGGAGCAAAAGGUUGAAGAAAAGUUGAUAUUGCUAUGGGAUGAACUGUCGCCAUGGCAGCAAGACAAUCACUACAUUCAAUCGGGAUACCGCGCUCAAUCUAACUCAUUUGUCAAGUCUUGGAAGAGCCUGGGGUAUCUACACAACGAAACCGUCAACAUCUACACCCAUCUCAUUGGAGCUGUGAUGGCUGCGAUCUCCUCCGUCGCACUCUACAACACGUUGGCUCCUCGCUAUGACACAGCGACUCAAGAAGAUGUCUGGGCCUUCAGCUGCUACUUCGCCGGAGCUGUAGCAUGUCUGGGCAUGAGCGCGACAUAUCACACCAUACAGAACCACUCACACGAAGUCGCUGUUUGGGGGAACAAACUCGACUAUCUGGGAAUCGUUUUCUUGAUUUGGGGCAGCUUCGUACCCAUCGUAUACUACGCCUUUGCCAGCGAACCAGAACUGCAAAGAACGUACUGGACCAUGAUUACGACGCUGGCAGCCGGCACAUCUGUCGCAGCAACACACCCCAAGUUCCGCACUCCGGCAUUGCGACCCUUCCGAGCCCUCAUGUUUGUGCUCAUGGGUCUCUCUGCUGUCUUCCCCGUACUCCACGGCGUUCGACUAUACGGUGUCGAACAUCUGCGCAAGAGCAUUGGGUUGGAUUGGGUUCUCUUGCAGGGUGCGCUGUAUAUUGCUGGCGCGGCUAUCUAUGCUGCGAGGGUACCCGAGAAAUGGAGCCCUGGGAAGUACGAUAUUUGGGGAUCGAGUCAUCAGAUCUUUCACGUCUUGGUUGUUCUUGCGGCAGCUAGUCAUCUCGUAGCUUUGGUGACGGCAUUUGACUAUGCACACACGCACAGGAUGGACAAGGUGAUAGAUGGUAUGGGAGGCAAGAUCUCAUGGAACUGGGGCUCCGGACAGCCCGGUGGCACCGCUGCCGAGGUCAAGGACCAAGGCGAGAUUGCCAUUGAAUCCAAGAAGGGCAACACCAUCAAGAAGAACGCCUCGCCCGACAACCCCGCUGUGCACGUCGAGCGCUCUGGCAACGAUGUCGUGAAGCGCGCUUCCGAACUCCAGAUCGACGAGAAGGCCGACGGCGCUAACGGCGACUCCAACGAAGAGGACAAGCCGGCAGAGUCAGAGAAGAAGGAUGACGACAAGUCGGCUGACUCAGAUAAGAAGGAGGACGAGAAGACCUCUGAAGCCGAGAAGAAGGACGAGGAGAUGAAGGACGCGCCUGACAAUGAGGACAAGAAGGAAGACGCGCAAACCAACGGCGAGUCCAAGGCUGAAGAGACUAAGGAGGACUCGAAGGAAGAAUCAAAAGAAGAGGCCAAGGACGACGCGACAGAAGACAAGUCCGACGAAAAGGACGAGGAACCCCAGGCCGGCGACAAGCGCAAGGCUGACGAAGUAGCCGCGGAUAAGACCAACGGUGCCGACGCUGACGCCGAUGAGAAGCCCGCCGAGAAGAAGGCAAAGACCGACGAGGCUGACGACGAUGAAGCCGAGGACAAGGAAGAAGCCGAGACAAAGCCCACUCCCAAGAAGGGCGGCCGUGCCAAGAAGGAGAAGAAGGAACCCGCAAAGAAGAAGGCACCCAAGAAGGCUGCCACCGCCGACGGCACACCACGCCGCAGCGGCAGGACCACCAAGAACACCGCAUCAAUGGCGGAAGACUAG